UCUUCCGGCAAUGCUUUAGAGACACAAAAACAUUGCAAUACUUCUAGCGUAAAUUUUAUCAGCGUCAACAACACACUUUGUCUAACUUGUUGUGACUUAGUACACUCUUUUAAUAUGCCUAAGCCAGUAAAGAAGAAAAAGAAGUUCAUUCACAAAAAGGAAGCCACCACCUACCGCCUCAUCCCUGGUUAUGUUGAGGAUGAUGAGGAAACUAGUCCAGCCACUUGCUCUACAGAGGAGCUUGAGUCUAGGAAAGAGGAGCAACGGAAACAUGGGAUUUACUUUGAUGAUGCUUACAACUACUUGAAGCACUUGAGGUCUGUGAAUGAGCAGGCAACGUUGGUCAGCACAGAGAGCUAUCAGAUAGCUCGGGAACAGGAUGAGGUGCGAUCAAUUGCCAGUGGUCCACCACUGUUUAUGGAGUAUUUUUCUACUGAUGCUACUGAAGAAGAAGAGAUUGACCCGGAGCUUCUCUCUGCCCUGGAAAAUGCCCCAGCCGUAAACUUGGAUGAUGUGGAGGAGACUGAGUUGCUGGAGGAUUUCCUGGACGAUGAUUUUAUAACCAAAGCUGGUGGUGUACUGCCAACAGAAGAUGACAAUGUUUCAGACAGGGAAGAUGACUUUCAAUCUGAUGAAGAUGAGGACGAAUGUUCAGAUUUGGAUGAAAGUGAAGAUGAGGAAGAUGAAAGUGAUGAUUUAUCAGAUGACGAACAAGAGCAACAUGGAAGAGGGACUGUACAAGAUGAUAUCAUAGCAGCACAAACAGCAUUGAUUCUACGUAACUUUGAAGAGGGCUAUGGAUUCCGCUGCUCAAACCAGAUCUCUGAUGAUGAGCCAGAGCAAGUCACAGCAGAGGAUUAUGAAAAUUUGAAACACAUUCUAAAGCAAGACAAGCUCACACAGGAGCCAGUGUCUUGGUCUGAAGUGUUGGACGACAAGUCAGAAAAACCAAAAGUAGACACCUCAAAAUAUCUGUAUGAUGAUGUUGAUGAAUAUGAAUGGAAGGAAGUUGCCCCAUCUAAGCCGAAAUUUGACUGUGUUAGCAUUUUGAGUUUGAAUUCAAAUACAAGAAACUUACCUACAGAUUUACUGCCACCCAGGACAGAGGGCAAGAAGAAAAGUUCCAAGUCUGUGGCUGACUCUGAUACCUCUAAUGGCCAAGGUUUGACACUGAAGCAGCUGGAUGCUGAGAUCCGAGAAAACAGGAAGGCAGACAAAGCUAGCACAUUCAGGCCCCAAGAUGAGACCAUUGAGGAGAAAAAAGCAAGGAAGAAGGCAAUCAAGGAUGAGAGAAGAGAAAGGCGUCAAGAAAAGAAAGCAAACAAACAAGUGUUUGCCAUGGAGCAUGAAAAGUUACAGAGAGAGACUGCAGCUUUGUCAAAAUCUGUCAAAAGUGUAAAAAUAUGCUGAGAAAUUACAUAUGUAAAUAUUUUAAUGUACACAAGGGAGUUGGUAGUUUUAUUUUAAUUUACAAGGCAGGUAUUUGCGUUUUUAUCAAUUCACAUCAUUCUUUUAUACACAUAAAUGGUUUGUGUAAUUGCUGCUGAGUGAUUCUAGUUUGAUUGAAGUUUUAUGAAUACAUUUCUAAUUAUGUGGAUUAUACAUUUUAGUAAAGAUUGUUGUCUGAGAUAUUCCUAUGCUUCUGUGUAAAUGUAGGAAUUUCUGAUGGUUAGUAAGUUAGUGUUGAGUCAUGUUUUUUUUUUUUUUGUGUAAAUGAACAGUGUUGAAUAAAUAUAAAAAAAAAAGUUUUAUUAUGUUAAAAAGAACUAAAAAUUAUGAAAUAAAGUUAAAGUAUUUUUAAGUAGGUGCCUGUUUUAAAGUUUUAAAAUAUAGAAUUGUUCAAACUAUAUUUGCUGUUAUAAAUUCUGUAUAAAGAUUUAUUGUAGUGAAAAAUUUUGUAAAUAAACAGACAUGUGAUUGAGA